CAAAAGCAGCCACAUAUUCACAUAUAGGCAUAUAGCCACUCUAUCCUCAAAUUCUCCACUAAAUACCACAGAAUGGUUUUAUCAGGCUGUUUUUCCAUAACCAAACCUGUCAUCACUCUUGCUUCUCUCUCCAACAACUCUUCUAACCCCACAACACCCCGGAAACGUUCAAAGAUUACUCCUCCAAAACCAAACCACAUUCCGCAAAUUCAGCCCUCUGUCGCGGAGAUUGAAAGAGCCAUUGGUGCUGGCAUUUACCGCGAUUAUGAUCCUGCCAGUAUCAGUGAGCCAAAGGAGAAGAAUAGCGUGUUUGAUGCGGUACUGUCAAAUUCAAUAGGAAAGAAAGAGGGGAAAACAGAAAAGGCACUCCGCGAAACUGGAGAGUGGUUAAAUGGACAGACUGAGAAAGUUGCUCAAUCUUCAGGAAAGAAAAUUCUAGAGGUUAUGUUGUUUUGGAUUGCACCAGCUUGGUUCCUCUUGCUUUUGGUUGCUACUGGUGCUGUUAAGUUACCUUUUCCCUCUUCUAUCCUUGAUGACUUAAUCAUGUAAAUAUUAAUCACAUUUUCUUUACCAUCAUUUUUAUACAGAAUGUAAAUUUGUGUUUAUUGUCAUGGAAUUUAAACUUGGGAGGCUUAGAAA